AUGUUCGAGCGCAUAACCAUGACCGUCAUAUUUCUCAACGCAAUCUGGAUCGGCGUCGACAUUGAACUCAAUCAUGCAGACGUCCUUGCCGAAGCCGACCCUCUGUUCAUCAUAGCUGAGAACUUAUUCUGCUUGUUCUUCUCCACUGAGCUGACCAUCCGGUUCUUGCUAUACACCCGAAAGAUAUACGCACUCAGAGAUUUGUGGUUCCUGUUCGACUUGUUUCUCGUUGUAUUGAUGAUUAUUGAAACUUGGUUCAUGCCAUUGGUGCACGUCUUCUCUACGGACCCAGCCGGUGCAUCGACUGGGGGACUUUCCGUUCUUCGAGUAGCAAGAAUAAUGCGAGUGCUUCGAACAGCACGAAUGGCCCGAUUGGUGCGUUUUAUGCCCGAGCUGAUGAUUCUCGUGAAGGGCAUGAUGGUGGCAUUCCGGUCUGUGUUCUUCACCUUGCUCCUGCUUCUGCUGGUCACUUACGUGUUCUCGGUGGCCUUCAUGCAGUUCAGCCGGGGCAUCGUGAACUUGGAAACGACUCUCUUCAGGACGAUGGGUACAACUGUGGAAACCCUCAUCCUGGGAUGUGUCCUGACCGAUCAAGCUGGGCUGAUUCGAGAGGUGGGCAAGGACAGCCCGAUAAUCGCGGCCUUGCUGAUUGUGUUCAUACUGGUGGGCUCGCUCACGGUUAUGAACAUGCUCUUAGGCGUUCUCGUCGAAGCCAUCAAGACAGUCUCCACCAUUGAGCGCGAGCAGCUGGAAGUCGAUUUUGCCAAGCGUGUGUUGUGGGAGAUGAUUUCGAAAGGAGAGGCAGACUCAGACGGAGACAACAAAAUCUCCGAGGAGGAGUAUAUGAAUGUUUUGCGGAAGCCAGAGGCGGUCACUGCGCUGACCAGCCUGGGAGUUGAUGUCGAGGCAGCGUUGGAUUACGGCAAGCUGCUGUUCGAAGACGGUGAGCCUCUGACCUUCGGAGACUUCAUGCGUGGUAUAUUAACCCUUCGAGGCUCCAACCAGACGACGGUCAAGGACAUCGUAGAUCUUCGCAAGUUCACGGGCGACGAGUUCUCGCAAGUUCACGAAGUCUUGAACGGCCUGGCGCAGUUUGUGGUGUCGCAAGCAGCUGGACAUCAGCCUCCCCCUCUUCAGCCUUCGCUGUCGGUUUCCAGGAGGCAUUCUUUGACUUCGCGCUCUUCAAAUGAGAGAGAAUCAAUCAGGUGA